AUGGCGGUGAGCUUCCACCCGGCAUUUCCAUUGGCAACCGCGCCGCCGCUGCCCCACCACCUCGACGCCACCGCCGACCCGGAGGUCGCCGACGCGCUCCUCGGCUUCCUCUGCGACCCGAUCGACCCCGCCAUGGACGCCGGCAUCGACGGCUUCCUCGACCUCAGCCCGGUCGACCCCGACGAUGGCGCCGACGUCGACGAUGACCUGCAGCCCUGCGCCAAGAGGCCGCGAGCCGGCUGCGGCGGCGACGACGACGGCCACGCGUGGCUGGACUUCGAGGGCGUCGAUGGCCAGCCGUGGAGGCCGGAGUUCCCGACCGAGUUCGUCCUGCCACUGCCCCCGCCUCCGCCCGCGCCGCAGAUGCCUCACGCGGGGUUCGUGCGCGGGGCGGACGCGAGGAGAGCCGAGGGCAACGGGAGGGGCGGCCAGACCGCGCCUAGCGCGGCGGCGAGGGAGCGCCGGAGGCGGAUCAGCGAGAAGACGGCGGAGCUUUCGCGCCUGGUCCCCGGCGGCCACAGGCUGAACACCGCCGAGAUGCUGCAGGAGGCCGGCCGCCACGUGAAGCUCCUGCAGGCCCAGGUCGGCGUGCUCGCGCUCAUGCGCACCCUCGAGGAGAAGAUCGUACCGCCCGUGGCGCGAGAGCGAAUGCACGCGCUGCUGACCUGCGGCGGCGUGCAAGAGCGGCUGGCGGCGGAGGCCAAGUGCCUGGUGCCAAGGAUGCUGGUGGAGGCCAUGGCCGAGGACAAGGCCGUCAGGUCCAACGCGCCGCUCAUCAGAGACCUCACCCGGUUCGGCGAAUCGCUGCCGGAGCAGUAG